GGUGGAGAGGGUCGCAGGCGCGGUGGGCGUUAGAGAGGUGCGGGUGUGGCCCACGGCUGCCUGGCAGCAUCAUUUCCUCGUCUCCAGCGUCCUAGGUAGAUGCGGUAGUCGCGUUUCCGGCCACAUCUGACUUGUAUAGUAUUAAAAAGUAAAUGUGUUUUUUCCCAUUUAUAAAUGUAUAAUUACUAUUGUAGCUAUUUUUUGAACUCCAACACCAUGGACCUAACAAAUGUCUCCUUGUAAUAGAUGUUCUGUAAAUAUUGACUGAAGUUGAAGAGUGAGUGGUGGUAUUGCCAUUACUGUUUUGUGUGCAGUUUGCUCCUUGCGAUACCGUAAUUGCAGCAGAUACAGUUAUUAAAUAUCCGACAGACUCCUCCGCCCUGUCAAGCCCAAAGUCUCAGUUCUACAAUAAGACGAAGAAAUGGCAGAACAAUGGUGUCAUUUGUAUUUUCAGUUAUCUGCUUUAAAAGCUUGUUUGCAGAGCCCCAGGAAAAUUCUGAGCUGUGUAGCUCUAGGAAGAGAAACAUUAGUUCAGAAGAAGCGAGUAGACUUGUUAAGAAUACAUUUGGCUCCUCACAAUGCGGUUAGGAAAACUUAAGGGAAGUAUUUCACGGAGCUCAAGCCAAGGAAAGACCUCUGAGAACCAUCACAAAAUAGGCCGGCAGCAGCAGAAAUGGGGAAUGACUGUUCGGUUUGACUCAAGCUUAAGCAGACUGAGAAGAAGCUUGGAUGAGAAGCCCUAUAAAUGUACUGAAUGUGAAAAAAGUUUCAGUCAGAGCUCAACGCUUUUUCAACACCAGAAGAUCCAUACUGGAAAGAAAUCCCAUAAAUGUGCUGAUUGUGGGAAAAGUUUCUUUCAGAGUUCUAAUCUCAUUCAGCACCGACGGAUCCAUACUGGGGAAAAGCCCUACAAAUGUGAUGAGUGUGGAGAAAGGUUUAAACAGAGCUCAAAUCUCAUUCAGCACCAGAGAAUCCAUACUGGAGAAAAACCCUAUCAGUGUGAUCAGUGUGGUCGAUGUUUCAGCCAGAGCUCCCACCUUAUUCAGCAUCAGAGAACCCAUACAGGGGAGAAGCCCUACCAGUGCAGUGAAUGUGGCAAAUGCUUCAGCCAGAGCUCUCAUCUUAGGCAGCACAUGAAGGUGCACAAAGAAGAGAAGUCCCGCAAAACUCCAGGCAAAAAUAUUAGGGCAAAAACUCACUUAGUAUCAUCUUGGAAAACUGGUACAAGAAGGAAGUCAGUGGCUCGUCUCCGCUAAACAAGGGACACUGUUUCAACCCUUUCUUUAAAAAAAAAAAAAAAAUCCUGUCUCUCAGAACUUGAGAUACUUUAUAAUAGAGCAUUUACAUACUGUAUUCUUUCUUAGCAUGGAGACAUUGAGACAUUGGGAGUUGAAUGACAUUGGGCAGACAGAAAUUAUGUGGGAGUCCCACUGUCCUCAUUUCUUUUUUAUGUAACCUAGAGUACAAAGGACUGAAAACAUUUUUUGAGAGAAGACCCUUGACCUCAUUUGAAAGUGUUUCUUGCAUACUUUUGACAAAAACAAUCAUGUCUUAAUGACAUAUAUAAAAAUGUAGGCAUUUCUAUGACUCAGUUUUAAGACUUUCUAUUGAAGGAGUAAUAAAGGGGAAAAGACUAAUUCCAUUGGUUUUGGAGUUCUGUAACAUGAAAUUUUAUGUUUGUAAAGUCCUGUAGUAUAUUAAUCAUCAGUUUGUAAGUAUAACUCAAGAUUGACUGUAUUAAAAUGUAUCGAUGUUCACAGAUUCUUAAUCAGCAAGGCCUAUCACUCUAUAUUAACUUUCUUUUGUUUUUUUCCUUCUUGUGGACAGUUGUUAAAGGAGUAGAAUUUCCCUGUUUUUCACUAAAUUCUUGUUAAGAGAUACUCUAGAAGUCAAAGUGAAAACUGAAUUAGACCACAAAUCUUAUUUCUAUUAGCACUGUUCUUUGUGAUAGUGUUACACUGUGUCAGUUGUUUUCCAGAAGUUGGGAUGGAUUUAUGUUGAUCCAUUCUUAUGACUUCUUUUGGCGUUCUCUUGUGCUCUGACAAACUGAGAUAGCAUUUUAGAUUCCCCUGAAUAAGUAAUUAAACCAUAUUUAACCAGAACAAUCUCAACUUGUUAAUUAAAAAUCUACAAUGUAUGAACGUCCCUACCUACCCCCUUGAGAGCUUUAUGUAACCCUAAACAAAUGUUUGUCAGUAGCAAAAGUUACUUAAUCCAAAUGUCAGGACAUUGUAGCUCAAUAUGUAGACUUUGAAAUCCAAGUUAAAAUUUUCUGAGUUACAUGAAUUAUUUACAAAGUCUAGCAAACAUCUCAGCUACCAUCCCAACAUUCUGAUCAGCACCCUCCAGCUCAGAUUUUAAUUCUUUUGAAUGCUAACAUUUUUCUGAUUUUUUUGUAUCUUUUAUAAUCAUGCCAGUUUCUGGUGUAUUAAUGACAAUUAUCCAUAAAAAUAAUAAAUGGAAUAUUUUGUAUACUACCGCCUUCUAUUUAUUUUUCUCCUGGGAAAUUGUUUUAAUAAUUUUGGCGACAUCUUAAAUCACAGCUUUGGAAGAAUCACAUGUUUUGCCUAAUUAUGACUUCCUCAAAUUUGAACUUUGCCUCCCUCCUGGCCUUGUACUUAGUACAGGGUAAUAGAAGAUGGCCUUGCUGGCAAUAGUUUCAUCCAGUGGGAUAGCCACAAAGUGCUGUGUAUGAGGUGAUUACAGUUAUCUCUCACAAAAGACUUGAGCUUUGACUGCUUAGCAGGUGUCCUGUUAGUCAUAGUCAAGUCACUUUGAACCAGGCCUGUGGCUACAGGGCCUUUUGAGGAUCUACCAUUGGUGAUGUUUCUAAGAGUUUUGUGUCUGGAGUAACUUCUGACUGAGAUCAACCAUUUUCUUAAAUGUAAUGAGUUUUGCAAUUUUGACAGCAACCACAGGGUCCUGCAACAGAAAGACUUCUGUAUAUUGUUAGAUUUCGUAGUUCACAUUUUUAUCCUGAAUAGGUUUCUCUGUUUUCUAUAAAAAUAAAGCAAAUACUCAUCAGA